UCCGGCCGCCCCUCUCCGUUGCUCCCGCGCCCCGUGGCCCGGGCCGCGCCGAGCUGUCGGGAGCCCAGGCCAUGGGGCAGCCUGGGCCGUCCGCAGUGUGAGUCGCGGGGCCUCCCGCGAGCUCCCCGGACGGGCCGAGGGCUGGCAGGCGGGAGGCGUCGUGCCAGCGGCGAUCCUGGCCGCUGCCGCCCGCCCAGGCUCCCGGCAUCAUGAACAUAGACGUGGAGUUCCACAUCCGGCACAACUACCCCUGGAGCAAGCUGCCGGCCAGCGUGAGGCAGAGUCUUGGAAAUUCACAGAGAGAAUAUGAGAAGCAGGUUGUCCUGUACAGUAUCCGUAAUCAGUUACGAUAUAGAAAUAACUUAGUUAAGCAUGUCAAGAAAGAUGAACGCAAGUACUACGAAGAACUGUUGAAGUACAGUCGAGAUCAUCUCAUGCUGUACCCUUAUCAUUUAUCAGACAUCAUGGUAAAAGGCCUGAGGAUAACACCAUUCUCAUAUUAUACUGGGAUCAUGGAGGACAUUAUGAACAGUGAGAAAAGUUAUGAGUCAUUGCCCAAUUUCACUGCUGCUGACUGUCUAAGGCUUCUUGGCAUAGGAAGAAACCAAUACAUUGAUCUGAUGAAUCAGUGCAGAUCAUCAAAAAAAUUUUUCAGAAGGAAAACGGCACGUGAUCUUUUACCAGUAAAGCCAGUGGAAAUUGCCAUAGAGGCCUGGAGGGUGGUGCAGGCCGCAUAUAUCACAGAAGAUGACAUAAAGAUAUGCACUUUGCCUGAGAAAUGCGCUAUUGAUAAGAUCAUUGAUGCAGGCCCUCAACUCUCUGGAUCACUAGAUUACAAUGUAGUCCAUAGUUUAUAUAACAAAGGAUUUGUUUAUCUGGAUGUACCAAUAUCUGAUGACAGUUGUAUAGCAGUUCCUCCUCUUGAAGGUUUUGUAAUGAAUAGAGUGCAAGGUGAUUAUUUUGAAACUCUGCUCUAUAAGAUAUUUGUGUCAAUAGAUGAGCAUACUAAUGUUGCAGAGCUUGCAAAUGUUCUUGAGAUAGACCUGUCUCUGGUUAAGAAUGCUGUAUCAAUGUACUGCCGAUUGGGGUUUGCCCAUAAGAAAGGACAAGUAAUAAAUUUGGAUCAGCUUCAUUCAUCGUGGAAGAAUGUUCCAUCCGUAAACAGAUUAAAGAGUACUUUAGAUCCACAGAAGAUGCUCCUGUCAUGGGAUGGCGGGGAAAGUAGGAGCCCUGUACAGGAAGCUUCAUCAGCUACUGACACGGAUACAAACAGUCAAGAAGACCCAGACACAGCCAGUAUAAACAGUUUCAAUCUGUCUACAGGAUACACAAAGCGUAUCGCGUUCCUAUUUGACUCAACACUUACUGCCUUUUUAAUGAUGGGAAACCUUUCACCAAAUUUGAAAAGCCAUGCAGUCACAGUGUUUGAAGUUGGCAAACUCUCAGAUGAGUCUCUGGACAGCUUUCUUAUUGAACUAGAAAAGGUUCAGAGCACUGGUGAAGGGGAAGCACAGAGGUACUUUGACCAUGCGCUCACUCUGAGGAACACAAUACUGUUUCUGCGUCAUAAUAAAGAUCUAGUUGCCCAGACUGCACAGCCAGACCAACCCAGUUAUGGUUUUCCUCUGGAUCUCUUGCGCUGUGAGAGCCUUCUUGGGUUGGACCCUGCAACCUGCAGCAGAGUUCUAAACAAAAAUUACACAUUGCUUGUUUCCAUGGCUCCUCUCACCAAUGAAAUCCGGCCGGUCAGCAGCUGCACCCCUCAGCACAUUGGACCAGCUAUCCCAGAAGUCAGUUCUGUCUGGUUUAAACUGUACAUUUACCACAUCACCAGGCAAGGACCACCAUCUCUUUUGCUGUCCAAAGGGACAAGACUUCGAAAACUGCCAGAUAUAUUCCAGGGUUAUGAUCGAUUAUUAAUCACGUCUUGGGGUCAUGAUCCUGGGGUGGUUCCUACGUCAAAUGUGCUCACGAUGUUGAAGGAUGCCCUGACACAUUCGGCGGUUUUGAUUCAGGGACAUGGUUUGCAUGGGAUAGGAGAAACUGUCCACAUACCUUUCCCAAUUGAUGAGACAGAACUACAAGGAGAGUUUACUCAUGUCAAUAUGGGUGUUCAUAAAGCAUUGCAAACAUUGAGGAACAAAGUGGACUUGCAGCAUUUUUGUGGAUAUGUCACCAUGUUGAAUGCUUCUAGCCAACUUGCAAACAGAAAACUCAGUGAUGCUUCUGAUGAGAGAGGAGACCCUGAUUUGGCUUCAGGCUCAGAUGUGAAUGGGAGCACAGAGUCAUUUGAAAUGGUCAUUGAGGAAGCAACUCUAGAUGCAGCUGCAAAGCAAAACUCUGUUGCCACAACAGAAGCAGAUUGGGUUCCUCUGGAGUUGUGCUUUGGGAUUCCACUCUUUAGUUCUGAAUUAAACCAGAAAGUCUGCAGAAAAAUUGCUACCCAUGGCCUUUGCAGAAAAGAGAGCCUUCAAAACCUCUUACAUUCCAGUAGAAAACUGUCUCUACAAGUCCUUAACUUUGUUCACUCAUUCCAGGAAGGUGCUUCAACACUGGAUGUUCACACCGAGGCCAGUUUUCCAAGUUUGCUUUCACAGUCAUCCUGUGCUGACAUGGGAGUCCCCCUUCCUGCCAAGAACUUAGUAUUUAAAGAUGGUAUCUUAACGGAGUGGAGUGGACGAUAACCCUCGUCACUUCUUAUUGCUAAUCUCCAUUUGCAAUAAUUUGGUUACAUCAUUUGUUGCCCACCCUUUCUGCCUUUUUUCUUUCUUAAUGUUAGCUUUAUAGUGCCAGCCACUAAAAAGCUUCCUGCUGCUGCAGUGCAAUUCAUGCUUAACUGAUGUUAAAGUUUGGGGAACUCGUUCAUGUUUCUGGAAGUUUUCCUCAUUUCCUGCACCUCCUAAUGCAACAAAAAGCUUUUUAGCAGCCUGCACUGUAUUUUUUACCUUAAGACAAUCUGCAUUUCUUUUAUAA